AUGAACGUAUGGAUAGCCGCGAGUGACGGGAAUUUAGAGAAGGUCGAAUCAUUCUUUUCGGCCGGUUUUGGACCUGAAUCCAAAGAUCCAAACGGAUAUACACCAGUACACGCAGCAGCAGCAUAUGGUCACAUAGAUUUGCUGCGUAAGCUGUGCUCAGCACCUUACAACGGGGAUAUCAACGUGCGAGACAACGAUGGUGACACCCCAUUGCAUCAUUGCGAAGAUUUAGCGACAGGUCGAGUUAUCGUGGAAGAGCUAAAAGCUGACCGGGAUUUGCAAAAUAACGAGGGCAAGACGGCACUGGAAGUGUUGGAAGAAGACUCGGAAUUUCCAGAGCUCAUCGAUUAUCUACGGGAAAAAAGCGGUGUUGUACAGCAAUCGGACGGCAUCGACAACGAACAGAUGGCGCAGUUCAAGGACAACUUGCGUUACACUUUGGAAAAUGAGCCAGAGAGUAAUGAUCCAGAAAGUUUGGCUCGUCGCCAAAAGAUACAACAGAUUCUGGACGGUGGAAACGCAGACCAGGAACUCGAACAGUACUUACGUGAGCUGAUACGGUCGCAAUGGACAGAGACGGAAGAACCCGACGUAAAACGCAGAAAGGAUUGA